UACAUAAAAAGACAUAAAAUCACUUCUAUCUUCUCCCAGUUAUUUCACAAUCUCUUUACUAGCUUUGCAGUUUUCAUCCCUAAUCUAGCAUUUUGAUUAAAAGGCACUACUUUCAUCAUUUUGAAGCUGCUUUCAGAACACAUUUUCACAUUAAAACACUAAUGGAGAAGCUACAGAAGAUGAUCUCGGAGAAGUCGGUAGUGAUCUUUAGCAAGAACUCGUGCUGCAUGUCUCACACAAUCAAGACUCUCUUUUUAGACUUUGGCGUAAGCCCGACGAUCUAUGAAUUAGACGACAUCAACAAGGGAAAGGAGAUAGAGCAAGCAUUGGCUCAGCUUGGCUGCAGCCCCACCGUGCCGGUGGUGUUCAUAGGAGGUCAGCUGGUCGGUGGAGCCAAUCAAGUCAUGAGUCUUCAUCUCAAUCGCUCUCUCGUUCCGAUGCUUAAGCGAGUUGGGGCGUUAUGGCUUUGAUAAAUAUCGACAGAUACCUACGUCAGAUGGUCGUUUUGAUGAUAAUAAUAAUAAUAAUAAAUAUAAUGUAUUAAAACUAAUUAAAAGAGCGACAAAAAGCAUAUACAUGUAUUUAUUCUAUGAAUGUUUUGUCAAUCUAACUAAGUUUUGUAAAGGAUAUAUCUAAUAAUAAAAUCAGCUAGUGUUGGACUCA